AUGGUCGCGACUGCAGCUGCCCCCGGAGAGGCCCCUGCUGUCGCGGGUGUUGCAGCACAGGCGUUCCCCUUUCUGACCAAACUGACACCUGCUGAGGCUGCUCAGCCCUUUAGUUUCGGCUCGCUUGCUGCCUCUAUGACAGAAGAUUGUGCAGAGAAGGUGCGGGUCAUCAGAUGCAUGGACUCAUUUGAAGCUGAGGUGUACACGCAGCCGCCGAGGCCUCUCGGGAUCUUCUUUGCCGCAACUUUCAACACCCAUAACAAACUUCUUCUUGAACAGUUUAUCGCCUUGGCCAAGUCCUCCAACUCUAACACUCAAUUUCUCGUUGUUGAUGUGGAUGAGGUCCCCCGCGCUGCCUACCACUGCGGAGUUGAACACCCCUGCACAUUUGUAGUUCAAUUUAACGGCGAUGCCUUCCGCAAACAGAUAGCCGACAGUGUCGGCACGAAGACAACUUCUCAACUGAUUAGCGAAUUUCGGACGGCGCUGGAUGAAUGCCUGAAAGAAUUGCAGCAACCAGAGCCACCGCAGCAGCGCGUGGAGUGGUAUUCCCACAGCAUCCCCGUGGACAACCUGAACGUCUACCGCGUCAACUGGCCCACAGCGUAG